CUACGCUGUGUGUUUUUGAGUCCCGGUUUUUCACAUCUUUGACCCGUUUACAAAAUGUAUUCACGUUAAGAAUAUCGUUCGGUAUAAUUUAAUCAAUCACAAACAUCUCUUUAUAUUUACUUUUAUACGAAAAGGAUAAACUUCAUUACUGAAACAACCUUGUGCUUAUGAAAAUGCUUCCUCUUUCACACAAAGAUUCAAGAAACCUUGGCAGUAGAAUAAAGGAGAAAUUAUUAGGAUGGAAACGUUUGAUAUUUUCUGACAAAAAUACUAGAAAUUUAUUUUUAUUUCUUUUAUUGAAUUUAUCUUUUGCCUGCAUUGAAUUAAUGUAUGGAAUAUGGACAAACAGCUUGGGUUUAAUAUCAGAUAGUUUCCAUAUGUUCUUUGAUUGUACUGGCUUAUUAUUUGGUUUGGCUGCAUCAGUAAUUACAAAGUGGAGAGCAAAUGAACGAUAUUCUUAUGGCUAUGUCAGAGCAGAAGUUUUAGGAGGAUUUGUCAAUGCUCUGCUUUUAUUCUUUAUCGCUCUAUUCAUUAUGUCUGAAGCCGUGGAAAGAGCCAUUGAACCUCCAGAGAUUAAACACGAAAGACUUUUGGUUGUGUCCAUUAUGGGAUUAAUAGUCAAUUUAGUAGGAAUGUAUGUAUUUCGUCAUGGACAUGGACAUAGUCAUGGAAUGGGACAUGGUCAUUCCCAUUCCCAUUCCCAUGGAAGUCAUACACAAUCUCAUUUAAACCACAGUCAUAGUCAUGAUCAUCAUGAUAUAGAAAUUGAUCCUUCCUUCAGUGGUACAAAUUCUCAGAUUAUGAAAGGAGUUUUCUUACAUAUCUUAGCAGAUACUCUUGGAUCUGUAGGUGUAAUUAUAUCAGCAGUACUGAUGCGUCUAUUUGGUUGGUUUAUAGCUGAUCCAAUUUGUUCUAUGCUGAUAUCAGUAUUGAUAGUUUUAAGUGUGCUUUCUUUAAUGAAAGAUUCAUGGGAAAUUUUAAUGCAAAGACAACCAGCUGCAUUGGAUCAUAUUUUACCACAGUGUUAUAAUAAAGUGACACAAUUAGCUGGAGUAUAUAGUGUGCAAGAACCACAUUUCUGGACACUUUGUUCAGAUGUGUAUGUUGGGUGCUUGAAAUUGGAAGUUGCCAGAACAGUAGAGCCUAAAUAUGUUGUAGCACACACUCAGAUGAUUUUUCAAGCUGCUGGAGUAAGGCAUUUAACUGUUCAAUUAGAUUAUGCACCUAUGUGAUCUAUGAAAACUAUGCAUGUCAUUAAGUGUUCAUACAAGUGCUCCAAAACUGUAUUUAUUUGUGGAGUUUGUCAGAAACAAGCAAGAAAUAUUGCACUUGUGCAAAAUAUUUUUGCCAUUUUAAAAUUGUGCAGAUAUUUUGUUCUAAGUAAUAGUGAAUAUCACCUUGGGUUGCAGAUUAUUUAAAAAUCUGUUUAAAUCUUUUAAAAAAAGUGAAAAGACUUACCAGAACUUAUAUGACAUAGGAUCCUAUUAAGAGAAUAGGUCUUAUGAUCAAGCUAAUGCAUUUUUGACUUGUCCAUCACCAAUAAAAAUCAUUGAUUUCAUUUCUUUCUAAUCUUAUUGUUGUAAAUAUAGAUAUUUGUUCAUCUAUAGUUAAUGAUAUAUUUAUAUAUAUAUAUAUAUAUCAUUAUUUCAUGAAAUUGUAGUUUUUUAUUUACAACAACUUUGGUCCUGUACUAUGUAUUGUACAAAAUCUUAAAUAAUGUUUUAUAUUAUCUACAGAAGUCUUUAUAUUAUAAUGCAUUUUAAAAUAUUGAAGAUACAUCAAAUUACAUUUUUUACCUUUAUAAUUGAAGCCACAAUUAUAAAAA